CACCACCGCCACCACAACCACCACCACCCAUAAUCCCCAACACGUGCCAGCCUGGCAGCCAAACGCGCCGCGCAGAUCCUUGACCGCGCGACCGCGUGAGAGCUCGCGUCUCCUUUUCCGGCUCGGCUCUUGCUUUCUCUUACCAUAGCCUCGCUCUCUCUUGUUUUGCGCCGCGCCGACUUUUGUCGUCCCCCUCGUCGCCAUGGCUGCCCUCGGCGACGACCUGCUCAGCACCGUCAACAAGCUGCAGGAUCUCGUCUUCAACACCAUCGGAAACGACUCGCUCGACUUGCCCCAGAUUGUUGUCGUGGGAUCCCAGAGUUCCGGCAAGUCCUCGGUCCUCGAAAACGUUGUCGGUCGCGACUUUUUGCCCCGUGGCAGCGGCAUCGUCACACGACGGCCCCUGAUCCUUCAGCUCAUCAACGUACCCGAUGAUGACAACGCUCCGGACCCGUCCGGCGACCCUUACCGAUCUCCUGCUGCCGCGCGCCGCUCCGAAUGGGCAGAGUUCCACCACAUUCCCAAUCGCCGCUUCACCGACUUCUCUGAUGUCAAGCGGGAGAUUGAGAAUGAGACGGCACGCGUUGCCGGUAACAACAAGGGCAUCAACCGCCAGCCCAUCAACCUCAAGAUCUACUCUCCCUUUGUCUUGAACCUGACCCUGGUCGAUCUCCCGGGCUUGACCAAGGUCCCCAUUGGCGAUCAACCCACCGAUAUCGAGAAGCAGACGCGAAAUCUCAUCUCCGAAUACAUUGCCAAGCCCAACAGUCUCAUCCUGGCCGUCUCGCCCGCAAAUGUCGACAUUGUCAAUUCGGAGGCACUUAAGCUCGCCCGGCAUGUCGACCCGCUCGGCAGGCGGACCAUCGGUGUCUUGACCAAGCUUGAUCUCAUGGACCACGGCACCAACGCACUUGACAUCCUGUCUGGCCGGGUAUAUCCUCUCAAGCUGGGCUUCAUCGGUGUCGUCAACCGGUCGCAGCAGGACAUCCAGGGUAACAAGCCCAUGGAGGAGGCCCUGCAGGCUGAGGUCGACUUCUUCAAGCAUCACCCUGCAUAUAGAAACAUCUCCACCCGAUGCGGCACCCAUUUUCUGGCAAAGACACUCAACUCUACCCUCAUGUCACACAUUAGGGACCGACUUCCCGACAUCAAGGCUCGGUUGAACACGCUUAUGGGCCAGACCCAGCAGGAGCUCGCCAGCUAUGGCGACAUGCACUUUAGCGGCAAAGAGCAUCGUGGCUCUCUCAUCCUGCAACAAAUGACCCGGUUCGCAACCUCCUUCAUCUCUUCCAUCGAUGGCACUUCGGCGGAGAUUUCCACCAAAGAGCUCUGCGGUGGUGCCCGCAUCUAUUACAUCUUCAACUCUGUCUUUGGUAGCUCCCUCGAAUCCAUUGACCCCACUUCCAACCUGACAGCGCUUGACAUCCGCACGGCCAUCCGCAACUCAACGGGUCCGCGACCAAGCCUCUUUGUGCCUGAGAUGGCAUUCGACCUUCUCGUCAAGCCUCAGAUCAAGCUCCUCGAGAUCCCUAGCCAGCGCUGCGUCGAGCUCGUAUACGAGGAGCUCAUCAAGAUCUGCCAUACCUGCGGGUCCACAGAGCUUUCCAGGUUUCCUAGGCUACAAGGAAGACUCAUCGAGACGGUAUCAGAUCUGUUGCGGGAGAGACUGGGGCCAUGCUCCUCGUAUGUGGAGUCUCUGAUCUCUAUCCAGCGCGCAUACAUCAACACCAACCAUCCCAACUUCCUGGGUGCCGCCGCUGCCAUGAGCAAUGUUGUAAGCGCUAAGCAGGAGCGUGAGCGCAAGAGGCUGAUUCAGGAGGAGCGCGAACGCCGAGAGAAGCGGCGUCUCAAGGAGCUCGGCCCGAACGGUGUGGAGGCGGCUGAAGAUGGCGAGGACGGUGCCGUCACGGAGAAGAACGAAAGCAGCGGGCGCAAACAUGGUGCAAAGUCUGCCCGCAGCUUAUCACCCGGGGUCAACGAGAACCCCCAUGGUAGCAUAGCGGCUGCCUUGAAUGGAGUUCGCUCACAGUCUCCGUCUCGGCUCAACGGCCAGGCCAUGGGGGGUGCUCGAGACACGUUCCUGAACUACUUCUUUGGAAAGGAGGGCAUCUCUCCUGCUGCUCUGCCCUCACCCAGCCCGGUGGGAGGCCAUCGGCAUGUUAGCCACGCGUCAGAGACUGGCUUCCCCCAGACUGUGCGCAGAGAAGAAAGACUGGCGAUGCGCCCACCGCCAUCGCGAGACGACGAGUAUGAUCCUACAGGACGGAGCUACGGGCUGGCAUCACAUCUGGGAGAGUCCAACGAGCCCGCCAUGACGGAUCGCGAGGCCAUGGAGACGGAGCUCAUCCGAGCCCUCAUCUCGUCCUACUUCAACAUCGUCCGCGAGUCCAUCGCCGACCAGGUCCCCAAGGCUGUGAUGCAUCUGCUCGUCAACCACUGCAAGGACGUGGUCCAGAACCGGCUCGUCAGCGAGCUGUACAAAGAGACACUGUUCGAGGAGCUGCUGUACGAAGACGACGGCGUUAAGAAGGAGCGCGAGAAGUGCGAGAAGCUCCUGCAGACGUACCGCGAGGCCGCCAAGAUUAUCGGCGAGGUCUUAUAAGCGCCGCUCCCGCCUCCCGCCUUUGCUCUGCUCUCUAUAGCCAUCUUUGCCGGCCCUCUUCGCGUGUCGUUGAGCAUGUGCCGGGGCGAUAGAAUGGUGGAUGGGUAGAAUUAAACCAAGAGUGCGUCAGCUGGGCGCGUGUGUGCGAUAGAGAUAGACGGCGGAGUGAAGGGGCCAGGCCGGGACGCAGAGCCGCGCCCCUGCCGCGGGAAGAGGUCGGUGUGCUUCACUCUUUCCCGCCUGGCGGGGGAGUAUGUAAGCUGGCAUGUCGCAUUUAUUGUUUCUGUGUACAAUCACGUUUGAGAAGGGUGGGCAGGACCUUUGUCAAGAGAAAAAGCGGCGGAGUCGGAUAGUAUUGCAUCCGUCCGUCCACAGGCGCUCUGGGCCUCUCUCUGCAUGAGGGGGGGAUGAUGAUUAGGAAACAGUGUAUCGAGGGCGCAGAGGAUACGGGG